GUCAUGGAACAGGAAAUUGCCCAAAAGAUUUUAAAUUGACCCUUAGACGGUGCAGGAAAUCGCUUUAGCAUGGCCUGCCAGCAGAUAUAUUGCACGCAAAGGAGAAGUCACGAGAAAUACGCUGCAAUUUCUUCAAAGCACGGGCUGAGUUCAAAUAUCGAGGAAUUGACCCCAUUUAUCUGUUUUAAGUAUCAGUGUUUAUCAAGCUAUCUCAUGUUUAGAUGAAGUAGUGACUAAUUCAAUGUAAAUUGCUUCUCAUGAUAUCAAAACCAGCCAACUGCGUUUGACUGGUGAAAUAUUCAAAACAGUAAACCGCCUCGGGCGAAACGACGAGCGAAAAGCAAACGCUCUCCCACAUGAAAGAUUUUACAUGUGUGACUGAGAAAGCAAACAGACAAUGUUAUCUUCUCAUACAUUUGAGUGCAGGGGAUUUUACAUUCUUGUAGAAUAUAAUCCUUUUAUUUCAGGUAACCUAAGUUCAGGCUUGAAGCUUAUAAGCAUACUUUAGUCGUUAGCAGUUUAGAGAAAUACGAGCCGACAAAGAGAUUGAAGAAAACAAACUAAAGAAGAACACAAAUUGUCACCACUACAGGCGCUUUCGUGAUCUCUGCCAACUCUCUUCUUUGAAUUCAAUAAUAUUGAGAUUUGCGGCUAGGUGAUGGCAGAAAAGAAGUCGUAAGCUUAAUUCUUAAGUUUUAAUAGCCAAGCAUGGAAAAUGAAACCUGUCAAGAAAAUCUAAGCUUAUGUACCGCGAGAUGCGUAAAUCGAACACAGCGUGAAAUGAAAGCAACUCUGGGAAAGCAGAAUCGAUGUGCCUUGUUCAACUGGUAAAAAACAUUAAUUAUAUUCAACUGUGGUAAAGAGUAUCGAGAGUUUUCCCUAAGCAGAGAUUUAACUUGCUGACUAUUGAAAUAUGCACGCAUUUCAAUGUUAGAGAAUCUGUUCAGGGAACAACAAGUCUUACGUUCUGGAGCAAGCCCAAAGUGAAAUUUUAUGCCAAUAGUGGUUGAGGUAAAGCUUAAAUUCGACAUGCUCGACCAAAACCACGUCAGAUCUUAUAAUACUUUAUCGCUCCUAUCCAAAAGACAAACCCCAAAGGAAAUGAAGAAGUAGCUACUUCAAGGGUUCAAAGUUGGCGUCAAAUAACGAGUACUUUCGUAGACACUAUAUUUUCAUCAUUGGUUGCCCGUACAACUACCAAACCAUCGAAGCAGAACAACCGAGCUUUUAAUCUUUAAAGAAGCUAACAAACCAAAUCUAUCUUCUAACGUCACUGUGAAAGUUUAAUGUUUCCCUAAGUUGUAUUUCCGUUAUGUUCACUUACCCACUGAAGACAUAACAAGGAGAAAAAUCAACAUAACGAAGCCUCGUCUCUCUGCCCCAUCCAUGUUUCUUGUGCAUAUCUGCAAACAACAAACCCCACUGUCGGGUUUUGUCAAUGUGUCCAAUUAUGGAAAUUGGCUCGGAUAUGAGCGCUCUGAUUGGCUGGCGAGUGAAACAGAUGUCACUUUCUUUCAACCUUUGGCGGCCAAAUGAUUACAGGUCAUUCGUGAAGAAAUAAGAGAAAAUUGGCGCUAUUGUAAUAGAGCCAAUCGCAAAUGGGGCUAUUUUAUCGGUCGGAAACAACAAAGGCUUUCGCUAAAUAAGGCUCAAAGAUGCCGAAAAAGAAUACCUUUUAUCCCUCGCGUCUGGAGAAGUGAACGAACACAAGAUGCCGCCUGAUUUACAUUUCAAGCACAACCAAACGAAGCGUCAAAACAAAGCUGGUUUUCAUAUCUGCAAAACGAAGCUUUUGUAAAAUUUCAAGUACCGGCAGCGAGGCAAUGCUUCUUUGAAAAAUUGAACUUCAAGACAUUUGUCAUUUUUCAAAAGCCCUCGUUAGCGGAAAUUUUUUCCGAGUGAAUCGCACUCGGCCUGAAGAGAUUUUCGUGGCGUCGCAUUCAUAAACAAAAUUUUAAACCUCUUAGACCAGAACGCAAUUGCGGUUUUCUUUCAAUUUUAAAGAAGACGAGGCUAUUUUAAUAUGGCAUUCCAAUUUAGAAACCGUUGUUUAUUAUUUUAUGAUGUUUGUUUUAGAAAUGUUUUUCAAAGAAUCAGGGAGCGUUGCCUCUAAAAUUACUACUAAGCGCAUUAUCAGACGACAGCUUUUUAAAUUCAAUCAGGAUUCUGAUCGAGAAAUUUUUUAUUUCAUUUUAUUUUCUCUAUUUUUAUUUUCUUUUUUUCUUUUUCUUUCCAAUUCAUUCGCACCCAGAAUUCCUUGCACUAUUUGCGGGAAGUUCAAAUCUCCAAACAACCAAUCACAUGAACGAAAAGUUCGUUUAUCGUCUUCGGCGAGUUUUUGAACUGACUGCAAAGAAGAAACGUGUCUACCUUUACGCGGUUGCUGAUCGCCUUAGCUUUUAGUUUUAUAAGUUCUCUUCAGCCGUGUUGUUAGUUUUUACGAGUUCAUUUCUGGAUACCUGCCUACGUUUUGACAUUCAUUGGUUUUUACAUGUACUGAGCCCAAGACUAGAAGCAGUGAAAAAUGGAUGUUACCGAAGUGCAAGUGCGUUCCCCACUAUCAACCCAAGAUCAAAAUAUCAUGGCCAGCAGGCAAAUGGUCAAGCCCAAAUUUGUCAGUAAACUGAGACCACCAUCAGCUGUCAAGAGGCCUCGUGAACAGGCAUUCACAAAUUCUGCUCCACCCAACUGUGAGCCGCCGCCCAAAAUGAAGAAAUCCACAUCCCAAACCUCUUUGAAGUCUGCCUCACAAGACAAAACAGUAACAACUAGGUCAGCUGUCUCUGCAACUUUAAGACGUCAAACUACAACGAGUACUGUGCAAAGAGUUGCCACCUCAACACAGGCUCGACCAGCAGCAGGACAACUAUCUUCUGCGACCAAGAGACAGACUAUAGCUUCUAAACCACCAACAAGUACAACUAGGAAUGUUCAUUCCAAGGCGCCUACCUCUGAACCAUUGUCUGGCCUAAAAGGAAAGAAAAGGCCCGCUUGGGACUACAAAGGGAGACUGGAGGACAUGGAGGAGUUGAUGUUAAAGUCCAAAUCUUACAUGGAGGACAUGACAAAGACAAUUGGCGAUAACCAGGGUAGAAUAGGAUUUCUGGAAUCUUUAAACAAACAACUCGAGGGUACAGUGCAAGUCAAACAUCAACAAACGGAAGAGGCCACAGCGAAGAUUCAGGAUCUUCAGUUCAAAAUCACCAACGCCGAGGAAGAAGUGAGAUCUCUUCAACUGAAACACGAGUUCGAACUAGAAGUUGAGAAAAGGGCCAAGAAAUGUCUACAACAAGAAAAAGACUCGCUUGAAAAUGAGCUGAACAUCUCCAAACAAGAGGUCAUAGCCCUGAAAUCGACCGUGGCGAAAAUGACGGCUGAUUCCCUGGGUAUAACCACUGAGUUACAGGCCACAAAGGUCAAUCUUGAAAAAACCCUCAACGAAAGUCAACAAAAAAGCGAGACAAUAGCAAAACUCGAAGAGACGAUACGAGGUCUUAGAGAACACGUGGCUGGUCUGGAAUCCAAACUGCGUUCCGAAGAAACGAUCCGGCGUGAGCUUCAUAACACCAUUCAGGAGUUGAAAGGCAACAUCCGGGUUUUCUGUCGCGUGCGGCCCAUGCUGACGUCAGAAGAAAGUCAGCGGCCGUGCGUGUUUUCCUUUGGACAGGACGAGAGGGAACUGGUAGUGGAACCAACGUCGCCGAAUGAGAGUAUUUGCGGAACCAAAAAAGCCGUCCCUAAGCAUGAAUUCGCCUUCGACAGGGUGUUUACUCCUUCUUCAAGUCAAGAGGAUGUGUUCGGUGAAAUAUCGCAGUUGAUUCAAUCAGCUUUGGACGGUUACAAUGUCUGUAUAUUCGCAUAUGGACAGACAGGCUCGGGAAAAACAUACACCAUGGAGGGGAACACUGCGGACCACGAUAAACAGGGAAUGAUUCCGAGGGCCAUGGAACAAGUGUUCCGGACGUCCCAGGACCUCAAAGAAAAGGGCUGGCAGUACGCCAUUGAAGCCAGCUUCUUGGAGAUCUACAAUGAAACCAUCAAAGACUUGCUGGGUUCAGGGGAUGCCAAUACAAAACACGAAAUCAAACUUGUGAACCCAAGCAGCACGGGCGGGGCGUGCGAAGUGACAGUCACGAACGUCAAGACCGUGAAUGUCACGUCAGAAACACAGGUUUACAGUCUCUUGGAGAAGGCGACUCAGAACAGAGCUGUAGCCGCCACGCAGUGCAAUGAACGAUCGUCACGGAGUCACAGCGUCUUCAGAUUGAAGCUUACCGGCGAAAAUAAUCUCACUGGUGAAAAAUGCCAAGGUACAGAAUACAUUGAGCCAACAAACGUAUGAACAUUUCUCCAGAGUUUGCUUUCCUGCCUUCCACUGUAAGGAUUUUGUUCCUGUCUCGCUCUCGCGUUGAUCCCCCCCGAGCCUCGCUUUUACGCUGAAAUUUUGGUACCAAUCUCCCGCGCCCGAGCGGCGAAAACCUUUCGACGGCUUUUGACCUGACCAAAGUUAAGAAGUGCUAGCAAGUCCUGACCAAACGGAGUCGU